AUCGUUAGUUUUUUUUGUGUCUUCAUCAAAUUAACUUGAAAAUUUAAAGUUUUUAAAAUUGAUUGAAUUUCAAUUAAAUCAAAUUCAAUUGGUUAAUCAGUUGGAUAUUUUAAAUCAGUUGAUCAACUUUCUUUAAAUCCGUUCUUCUCCAAUUAAUCAUGGACGUUAUCGACUACUUAGACCAUAAAUGUGAUCCAACUUGGUCACAAACUCCUUGUUCGAGGUCAAUAUCUGUUCGUGUCCUCCAAGAGGAGCUUUGGGAUAAGUUCAACAAAAAAACAACCGAAAUGAUCGUCACCAAGGCGGGAAGGCGAAUGUUCCCUGUGAUCAAAUUAGAAAUUCAAGGGUUAGACCCUUUUUCUAUGUAUUUGGUGAUAAUUGAAUUUGUUCAAGUGGGUGAUUAUCGAUGGAAGUUCAUCAACAACGAAUGGGUCCAAGGAUCAAAAAGUGAAGCGAAAUCACAAAGUCGCUAUUGUUUUUAUACUCAUCCGGAAUCUCCAAACUAUGGAUCCCAUUGGAUGAAAAAGGAAAUUGAAUUUCCCAAGGUCAAGUUAACUAACCGGACUCCGCCCGAAGAGGGUCAAGUUGUUUUGAACUCUCUUCACAAGUAUGAACCUAAGGUUCAUGUGAUAAAAUCGAAUCCAGGUCAAGAAAAAGAAACGAUCUGUUUUCGUUUACCACAAACACAAUUUAUCGCAGUUACUGCAUAUCAGAAUGAAUCGAUCACAGAAUUGAAAAUUAAAAAUAACCCAUACGCUAAAGCGUUCGCCGAGAAGAGCAAGAAAAAAGGAGUUUCUGCUUACGAGGCUAAUCCGUUUUUCGAUACGAUUUCGUAUCAACAGCAACUACAACAUCAACAAUUACAACAACAAUACCAACAACCUCCCCAACCAGUUCAUCCUCAACCACAACACCAACAACAACCAUUUUUUUAUAAUUGUUUUCAGAACCAAAACUCAGGAUGUAACAAUUUUUACGAUUAAAUUCAACGAAUAAACAAUAACAGAUAAAUUAUUAUUAUUAAGAAUAAAUUGUUACAGCAAAUAGUUACCGUGAUUUUGUGGUUUUCUUUUAAUUGUCAAGACAAUUAAUACUCUUUGGAGAAACUGAUUUAAUUGUUCUCUCCCUUUCUUUCAUUUCUCCCUCUUUUUUUCAUUCCAUCAGCUGAUUAGGUUAAAUGAUGACACCAACAGUUGAAUGUUUCAUUUGGUUCCUCCGAUAGUUGAUUGAACGGUUUCGUAUUCCAAUAGAUUAAUUGUUACAAUUUAUUCCAUUAUCUGUGUGAUUAACCUGUUGAUUAAAUGGCUAAUCAUCUUGGACCUUUAAUGAUUUCGAAAGAAUCUGCUUUUUAUACUUCUUGUUAUUGGUGAGAAUAAUUUUGUUAAUUCUCUUGUUUUCUUUAAUUUCUUCAUUAAAGAGUAUGUCAACUCGUCGAUUCAAGAAGACGAAACUCUUAGACCUGAAUUCCACCGUUGGUUCCGUGUGAUCCCCGCAGCCCAAUAUUUGACCUCCUUUGCAUCUGAUCGCAGUCGCAUGAAGAGGGAAGACGGAACUUGGAUCAAGGAACCACCUCCUUACCCCCCAAUCGCGACAAUCAAUUGUUCUGAUAAUCUCAAAACUCUCAUCUCAAUGGAUCCCGAAAAUUGUGACAUUGGAAAAGUGAUGAACUUUAAUCAAUUCAAGAAUCGCUUCCUGCACUCGAGCGAUUCCAAAGAUUCCGAGAAAAAGGGUUGAUUAGUUUCUAAUUGGGUCGACAAUUAGAACGUUGUAAAUUCAUUUCAAUCAUCCAAUUGUAUUGUUGCUCCUUCUCAUCAUCAUCUUAACCAUUUCCUAAACCACUAGACUAAUCCGAUCCAAAUGACCGAAGCCAUAAUCAUAUUGUAAACAAAUGAACCAGUCAUGACAACUAAUUAACCAUCGGAACGAGAUUGAAAUCAAUCAAUGAAUUGGACAAGUUGAUUUGCCAUAAAGACAAAAGAUCAACACAAUCAGAAAGAGAUGAAGAAAGCAAAUGAAAAGAGAGAGAGAGAGAGAAAUGAAGAAAGAAAUGAAAUUUCAUCAACUAAUUGUGAACAUCAAGUUAAUCCCGUAAUUUAGUCCAAUUGUUUGAUAUGUUUGUCCGUUUCUACCCUCUAAUAUUUAGUAACCACACCCGAUUAAUUGCCCGAAGAAAUUAGUUGAUUUCCUUUUCCAUUAGAAAAGCAUUUUACUUGUAAAAUUUAUUUCUUUUUCCAAAAAUGAUUCCUUCUAAUUCAAGACCAACAUGGAUCACAAUCUCUCACAAUCAUAAUCACAACCACCUCAAUUAACUAAUGUGCAAACAAAAUGUUUACAAUCAAAUAUUUAAAUUGCGUAAAUAUAGUUGAACAUAAUAUGAACAAGAUGAUUAAAUUGUUGGAAAGACUUCCAAGUGAAAUGUUAUCCUCGUUUCCACUCGGCAAAGCCUCAAGACAAGAAGGAGGAAAAUCAAAGUUCCCUUUGAAAAGUAAUAUCAACAAAUUAAUUUUAAUUACCAUUAAAUUGUUCAAGUUAUAAACAGAAUAUCAUCUUUUCUAUCACCAUUAUUAUCAUCGUAACAAUACAAACCUUUAAUUGUUGUGACUGUUAUUUACUUAACCAUUUAGGGUGUAACUAACCAACAAUCAAGAAGAAAAAGAAAAAGAAAUUUUCAAUUUUCAAUUUUCUUCCAAAAAGCAUCGAUAAUAAACUUUAAUUUAUGUUGA